CGUCUGUAGUUUUGUUUUGCUCUUUCAUAACACCGAUUUCCGAUGAAUUUGUACGUCAUUUGUACUCGCCUUCUCUUUUAAUUGUUCUUAUCCGACAAAAUAUCAAGCCGGCUUAAACAAUACAACCAAAACCCACCGAUUCAGCCUUCAAUCUUUUCGUGAAAAAUGUGAACUUUGAUUCUUUCUCCCAAUUACUUCCUCAACUUCUUGCUUAUACUUCCAUCUUUGCUUCCAUUCCAAUUCACCCCUUCAACUUUCUACUAAUUUCCAUUACCCUCAAUUUUUACUCAUCGAAUAAAUUCUUGAUAAUUCCUGCUGUUUUUCAUAUGUUUGAAGGAAAUUUUUAACUUGAGAUUAUUUGAUGGGUGUUCUUGAAACUUUCCACUGAUUUUCUGGGUUUUGGUGAUAAUAAGUAAUUGGGUUUUGUUUCUUGGUAUGGUAUGGUAAUGAUGAUGUGAUAAUCAGUGGCGGAUCUAGUAUUUUGAUAUACGGCCACAUUGUUGGGCUCAUUGGCGCCACUUUUGACUUAAAAUCGACACGAAAAAAACUAAUAACUUUUGGUGGGUUGGUUGUAGUUCUUGUAAAUUUUGUUGGGUAAUUGCUGAAUUUGUGAUUAGAUGACAAUGGUGAACAAAACAAGGAAUAUGUUGGAGGAUUUUAUGAGAGAAGGGUCAUUCAAAUGGCUGGUUGGUAGUCGGGAUUCAUUUAAAGAGGAAAUGGAGGAAUUAGGCAAAUCAUCUUCUGGAGAUAGUAAUUGGAUACCUGAACUUUCACCUGUUGCUAAUGUUGUGGCAAGGAGAUGCUCAAGAAUACUUGGGAUUUCAACAAGUGAUCUUAAAGAAGAUUUUGAUUCAGUUGCUUCAGAAUCUGUUAGAAGCCCUUCUCAUUAUGCUAGAAACUUACUGGAGUACUGUUGUUUUAGAGCACUUGCCCUGUCUAUGCAAGUAACUGGUUAUUUGGCUGAUAAAAAAUUCCGUCGUUUAACAUAUGAUAUGAUGCUCGCGUGGGAGUUUCCUGCUUCUUCUAGCCAACCAUUACUUACUGUGGAUGAAGAUGCUACAGUUGGACUGGAAGCCUUUUCUAGGAUAGCACCUGCUGUGCCUAUUAUUGCGAAUGUAGUCAUCAGCAACAAUUUAUUUCUGGUUCUUACUGCUUCAACUGGUGGUCGCCUUCAGUAUUCUGUCUAUGAGAAGUACCUUAUUGGCUUAGAAAGAGCUGUAAAGAAAUUGAAGAAUCAAUCUGAUUCAUCGUUGCUAUCUGAACUGCGGUCAGGUAGAAGGGAGAAGAUAGUGGAAGUGGAUGGCACAGUGACAACCCAACCAGUUCUCCAGCAUUUGGGAAUUUCUACAUGGCCUGGGAGACUAAUCCUUACUGAUCAUGCUCUAUAUUUUGAACCUCUUAAAGUUGUAUCAUAUGAUAAAGCAACACGCUAUGACCUAGCAGAUGAUUUGAAGCAGAGUGUCAAACCUGAAUUGACUGGUCCAUGGGGUACAAGACUUUUUGAUAAGGCUGUUGCUUACAAAUCUGUUUCUCUAUCAGAACCGGUAAUAAUGGAAUUUCCUGAGCUUAAAGGGCAUAGUCGACGUGACUAUUGGUUGGCGAUUAUGCAGGAGAUUUUAUUUGCUCAUAAAUUCAUUCGCAAGUACAAGAUAUCUGGCAUUGGACGGGAAGAAGCACUUCUAAAAGCUGUACUUGGGAUUCUUCGGUUGCAGGCCAUUCAAGAUAUGAAUUUAAUAGGCCCUGUUCGUGUGGAAGCAAUUCUUCUUUUUAAUCUUUGUGAUCAUCUACCCGGGGGAGAUAUGAUUCUAGAAACUCUAGCCAGCAUGUCCACCUCAAGAGAGUUAGAAAGGACAAAUAGUCCUCGACGAUGUGGUUUGCACUCUAGUUCAGCUUUAGCGAUUGCCACUACUUUAGGCUUUGGAUUUGGUUCCAAUGACCAUAACAAUCAUGUACUUCUUGUGGGUGAGAUAGCAGUUGGGGAUACAACUCCCUUGGAGAAGGUUGUUAAGGAAUCAAGAAGUAGCUAUGAGAAGGUGGUCCUAGCUCAGGAAACAGUGGACGGUGUAAAAGUAGAUGGUAUUGAUACCAACUUGGCGGUAAUGAAGGAGCUACUUUUUCCUGUUUUAGAACUUGUCAACUGUAUUUUUUCUCUGGCUUAUUGGGAAGAGCCUUUGAAGUCUCUGGUAUUCUGCGCAAUUGUUGCUUAUGCUGUCUUCAGGGGAUGGCUUGUGUAUGUUGUUGCUUCGCCUCUAAUCUUUAUUGCAUUCUUUAUGCUUCUGACACUUUGGUUUAGUCAAGGUCGACCUGUUUCAGAGGUGAAGGUAAUAGCUCCACCAACAAAGAAUGCAAUGGAACAGAUUUUGGCAGUCCAGAACGCAGUUUCUCAAGCUGAAGAGUUCAUCCAAUUUGGAAAUAUUAUUCUUCUCAAACUACGUGCCUUGUUGCUAUCCAUUUCACCUCAGGCUACCAUGAAAUGUGCAAUAGUGCUUUCGGGCAUGGCUGUGUUUUUGGCAUUUGUCCCAAGUAAGUACAUUAUACUGUUGUGCUUUCUGGAGGUAUUCACAAGGUAUUCCCCUCCAAGGAGAGCAAACACAGAAAAAUGGGAGAGGCGUUUGAGGGAGUGGUGGUUUAGCAUACCCGCUGCACCAGUUGCUCUUGAGAGAGAGAAUGAAGAUAAGAAACGGAAAUAAUUUCACGUUUGCUUGAAGGUUGUAGAUUAGUAAUAAAUCAUUGUAUCAUUCUGCUAAUAGAAAAGCUGCUUGUUAAUAGAAUGACUGUUAAUAAAGUUCUUUUCUAGUAUACAAGAUAUAUCUAAUGAGAAGUGUAAAGUUGAACAUAA